AAUGUCAUCAACAGGCAACUUAAAUGAUAAAUUUGAUACUAGUUUUGUGUAUCUCUUCAAAUACAUAAUUAUAGGAGAUAUGGGUAAAGAAUGAUAAUAAUAGUUAAGCUGUUGGUAAGAGUUGCCUAUUGAUGCAAUUUAUAGACAAAAGAUUCCGAUCAAAGCAUGAUGUCACUAUAGGAGUUGAAUUUGGAGCUAGAAUCAUUAGAAUUUAAAAUGUUGCUAUUAAAUUGUCUAUAUGGGACACAGUAUCUAAAAUAUUUUUAUUAUUGAGGCAGGUUAAGAGUCUUUUCGAUCAAUUACUAGAUCUUAUUAUCGAUCAUCUGCUGCUGCUAUUAUUGUAUAUGAUAUAACAAAGUAAUCAAUCAAGAUCUAUUCUUAAUUAGGAGAAACUCUUUUGAAAAUGUAGUGAAAUGGCUUGAUGAUGCAAGAGAAAAUGGAAAUAAGCAAAUUACAUUCUUAUUAAUAGGAAAUAAAAAUGAUCUAGAAUAGGAGUAUAUUAAUGUUCUUAAUAUCAAAGACGUCAAGUCUCAUUUGAGGAAGCCAAACAAUUUGCUUAAGACAAUGAAAUUGGAUUUAUGGAAACAAGUGCCAAAACUAAUUAUAAUGUAGACUAAGUAUUAUUCCAUAUUAAUUCAAUUCAAUAGAUGUUUACUAAAUUGGCAGAAAUCAUUCUAUUUAAAAUACAAAAAGGAAUAAUAGACCCUAAAAAUGAAGUUAAUAUCAUUACUAUUAAUAGAGUUUUGGGGUUAGGGUAGGAAGUGAGUAUCAAAAGUAUCUUGCAUCAUAAUCAAAUGAUUCUAAAUAAGAAGAAAAAGAAAAGAAUUAAAAAAUAGAUCCAUAAUUAGAUGGAAAAUAUAUUUAAUUAAAUGAUCCUGCUGUUGAAACCACAAAACAAAAAAAUAAAUCUUGUUGUUGA